CUUCAGCGACCAAACAAAGGCGUAAAAAUCAGUGAUUCACCCACCAUGCAUGAUGCCUACUUGAGUCCGCCGGAAUCUAACCCCCAUCUGCCAGAUUCUUCUCAAAUUCCCAUUAUUCAUCUCUAUCAUAUAAAUGCCUUUUCCAAUCCAAAAAAGUAAAAAGAAAAGAAAAGUUUAUAAGCUCAAAGCCACCAUGUUUCUCUUUCUCUUCUUCUUCAUCUUCCUUCUCGGCUCACCGCCAUGCAUUCUCGCCAGAAAAGCACCGGUAUUCACGUUGAAUGAUAAUCCGGUAAGUGCUGUCAAAAGGUUUCUCAACGCGGCAAGAGGCAGCGAAGUGACCGGCAUAUCGGAAUUCAAGAAACACUUCCAUCGUUUCGGGUAUCUCCCAUUGCAAAACGACAGUACUCUCUUAACCGAUACAUUCGACGACCGGUUCGUAUCGGCUGUUACACUCUACCAAGCGAAACUCGGCCUCCCCACCACCGGUAAGCUCGAUUUCGCUACGGUUUCUCAAGUUACCACGCCGAGAUGCGGCGUGCCCGACACACUCGAUGCACCCGAUACGUUGCAUGGAACGAAACACUACGUAUAUUUCCCGGGAAAACCUCGCUGGGCUCGCCGAAUGCCGAUGAAUCUCACUUACGCAUUCUCGCCGGUGAAUUUUAUCAAUUCCUUGAGCUUAUCGGACAUAAGGGUCGUAUUCAAGCGUUCAUUUGCCAGGUGGGCAUCGGUUAUUCCGGUGAGUUUCACCGAGACAGACGACUAUGGCUUCGCAGAUAUCAAAAUAGGGUUUUACAACGGCGAUCACGGCGACGGAGAGGCGUUCGACGGGGUUCUCGGAGUGCUGGCCCACUCAUUUUCGCCCGAGAGCGGGAGGUUCCACCUCGAUGCGGCGGAGACGUGGGCCGUUGAUUUUGGUACCGAGAAAUCGCCGGUGGCCGUGGAUUUGGAAUCGGUGGCGACCCACGAGAUCGGGCAUUUGCUAGGUUUGGCACACAGUUCCGUUAAGGAAGCCGUAAUGUACCCUAGUUUGAAGCCUAGGGAUAAGAAGGUGGAUUUGACGGUGGAUGAUAUAGAGGGAGUGCAAGCUCUGUACGGAUCAAACCCUAAUUUUAGGUCUGGGAAUUUGUUAGAGUCUGAUAUUUCCUCAAAUCAGGCCGUUGAUCACAGAAUUAGUACAUCUGAGUGGGCCACCAUGCCUCUGGUUUUGAUUCUCUGUUUGUGCAUGUAAUUUUGCAUGAUUAAUACUUUUGAUUUUUUUUUUUUGGGUUGUGGAGGGACGAUCCUGUGGUCUAGGGUAC